GUAUGGGGCACAACUGCACCUGAGAAGCCACCAGAGCCCACGCCUGGCUUUGUCUCAGAAGGCAGUUCCACCACCCGCUGUUCCUCUUCUUCUGUGACCACGGGCCACCAGAGCCACGUGGAAAAGCCUCGGGAGACGACAAGGGCUCCCCCUCUGCACCUGCGGUCUGAGUCCGUCCCUACUCACUCCUCCUACAGCUUCACACCCCCUGUCCCGCGUGUGAGAACACUGGGGCCCCUGCUGCCGCCACCACCACCCCCCCCUCCUCCCAAGCACUCUUCCCUGCAGACCGUGUACGUGCCGCAUCCCAAGCCAGAGAGCAUCCCGGAGCCCUCUGGUCCAGACAGCUACCUGCACCACAAGCCAGCUUCUGUCCACCAGUACAGGCCUGAGAGCGUUCCUCCACACGUCUACCACAGCAAGCCUGAGCAGCACCAAGCCUACCCUCCUCGCUCCGAGACACCCGCUUCCGCGGGCACUCGCUACAACACCUACAGCACCCAAGGGAAGAGCACCUCUGCUCUGCACUCCAAGCCUCGCAGAGAGUUUGUGUCCUCCGUGAGCCCAACGGGCCUGCGCAGCGCCGGCUAUGCCGAGGAUGCUCCACCCUACCCCACAAUCCGGAGGGUCCAGUCGCUGCACGUGCCCACCCCUGCUGCCUCUGCUAUCCGCUCCGUUCCCAUUUCACGGACCGAGGUCCCUCCGGAUGACGAGCCGGUGUACUGCCCACGGCCCCUCUAUCAGUACAAGCCAUAUCAGCCCCACUCCGACUACCAUGUAACUCAGCUGCAGCCUUACUUUGAGAACGGGCGGGUACAUUACCGGUACAGUCCUUACUCCAGCUCUUCUGCAUCCUCUUACUACACCACUGCUGAUGGGAGCUUUUAUGACCUGGAUCCCUACAGCACCGUGCGGGUCCGGCCUUUCCAUCCCCUGCCCAGCCGAGACUUUGCCUCCUAUGCCUCCCGGCUGCAGAGCAAGGGCUUGUACCGCUACCCCAGUUUGUCAGCCUACCCUCGGGGUGGCCUCAUCGGCCACCUUGCAGGCAAAGAGCACAGCUUCAUCAGCAGAGACGUGCCUCCCGCCCCAGACAUCAAGCACAUGUACAUGUCCUGGGACCUGGAGGACAUGGAGAAGUACCGCAUGCAGUCUAUUCGCCGGGAGAGCCGCACGCGCCAGAAGGUGAAGGGGCCGGUGAUGUCCCAGUAUGAUAACGUGGCCCCACUGCUGCAGGAGGAUCUGGGAGGACUGGAUGUGAUUCACUUGCGCAGCAAGUCAGAUCCUGGGAAAACUGGCCUCCUCACCGUGGCGGAAGGGACAGAGGGGAGGGAACCAUCCAAAGCAGCUACGCCCGAGGGCGACGAGCGUUACUACAUGCAGCACCCUGAGCCAGAGCUAGAGAGAGCCCACUACCACGGGGCCUAUGGGAACGGGCAGUCAGAGAAGCCGUCCCUUCCCCAGAAGCAGAGCAGCAUCCGGAACAGGAAGCUGCAUCCGGAGCCAGGCUGCAGCACAAACGAACACAGGACGCACUUGCAGCAGGAAGCGAGCCAUAGGCAGCCUUCCGAAUCCAAAAACGGGCCCCCUUAUCCCGACUACAGGCCCAAAGGUGGCCCAGAGCCCUCCGAGCCCAUCGGUUACCAGCACACGGGCAGCAAGUACAUCCCGGCGAACCAGGAGACCCUGAGACUGAACCACAAGGAGGUGAGGUUGGCAGAGGACAGGCCAGACUUGGAGAGGUCUCGAGGCAGACCCACCAUGUCCAUGGAGAAACACUCCAGAGACUGCUAUAAGGAAGAGGAACACGCUGCCUCCCCCAUGGCACCGCCACCCAAGCCUGAACGGAGCCACAGCCUCAGAAUGCAGCACCCUGACCCCAUGGAGAGGGACUCUGCCCUGCUCUACCCGUACCAAACCCUUGGGAAACGCCAAAGCACUAUGACUGUGGUGUCCCAGUAUGAUAAUUUGGAGGAUUACCAUACCAUGCCUCAGCACCAAAGAGGGGGCUAUGUUGGAGGAGGGGGGUUUGUGCCCCCCAGUUUUACCCAUGUGCACAGUAGAACUUACGCCACGGCGCUCGGCCAGGGAGCCUUCCUCCCGACGGAGCUGUGUUUGCAGAGGCCUGAAACAGAGGUCCACGUCGAGUGA